AUGGAAAGCUUUUUCGCAUCUUUGGGAUCGCCAACAUGUUCGGAUCUUGUGAAAGUGUGUCAUUGGCGUUCUGGAUAUGAUACGGCAUGGUUUAGAAAUGACUGUUGUGAAAAACUUUUGAAGCCUAUCUUCACUGAGUAUGGACUCUGUUACACUUUCAACAGCCUCCCAUUGAAUGGAAUGACAAAUGAAACAAUAGCAUGGCAAAAAACCUUCAAUCGCAUCUCUUCUACUGAUCCUCUCGAAUGGGAUCUCGAUAGCGGUUAUCCGAAGGUUUUUCCCCCAAAACCUGGUACAUUGCCUUUCAGGGUUAUGGCAUCGGGAGAAGUUAAUGGCUUAAGCAUUGAACUAUAUUUAAAUACAAGCGAACAUCAAUAUGAUUGUGAUGGAAAUAAUGUUGGGUUCAAUGUUUUGAUCAGCUCACCAACAGAUCACGUAUACACUAGCACCAUAUUACGCCUGCCCAUGGACAGGAUGACGACUAUAGAAGUAUCUCCAAUAACAUACAAAACGGACACCUCGUUAAGAGCCCUGUCACCAGAUCAGAGGCAGUGUUUCUUCCAGAACGAGAGGAAACUUCAAUAUUACGAAUUUUAUACUGAUACCAAUUGUAAAUUAGAUAUGAGAAUUCGAGAAACUAUGAAACAUUGCAGAUGUGUUCUUUAUAAUUGGCCAAGAAAAUACGUAUGGAAUCCGAUAUGCUCUACUAAAUUGGAUUUCCAAUGCGUUGCAGAAGUUAAAGUUAAAGUGGGAGAACAGCUUAUUUACGCGUACUACGCAGACAGUGAAGAACAAAGACAGCCACACGAGGGUGCAACCUCUUGCUACCCAGCUUGUAACGAUAUUCUGUACUCCACCCAGGUUUACUAUUCCGACCUCAUUAGAGAUCAUAAUAGCGGUAAAACAAACGUAGGAAAAUCUAAAAAAGGAGAAAAGACACAUAUAAACAUACAUUUCUACGACGACAUGUUCCUGGGUCAGCAUCGUCACGCUCAGUACGAUGACUACUAUUUCGCCGGGGCUAUUGGCGGUCUUCUCAGUCUGUUCCUGGGAUUCAGCAUUAUAUCAGUUGCUGAACUGGUUUACUUCGUCAUGUUGAAACCGAUUCAUAUAGCUUUCAAAGAUAGUUAUUAUAGAAAACGAUAAUAUAUAUCAAUUAUUAAUUAUUUUUUUAAAUACUUUUUUGACCACCAUACAUUGUGUAGUAGGACAAAAGGCG